AUGAGCAGCUUGCGGAAGUCCUCCUGGGCUGGGCUGGGCUGGGCCUGCCAGCCCCCUGCCAGCCCCUCUCUCGGCAGGGACUUCAUCGAGCAGCGCUACGUGGCGCUCAAGGCGGCGAACCCCGAGCUCCCCAUCCUGAUCCGCGAGUGCUCCGAGGUGCAGCCCGCGCUCUGGGCCCGCUACGAGUUCGGCCAGGAGAUGAAGGUGUCGCUGAACAACCUGAGCGUGGACGAGGUAGCCAAGGCCUUGGAGAACGUUGUGAAAAGCAAGAUCUGAAGAGAAAACGAAUCUGUACAGGCUGAAACUUUUCUGAUGAGCUUUAAUGCGAACCUUGUCUCUCGUUAAGUUAUUAAUCACAUAAAGGCAUGUGCUGAC